ACGACUACUUCGAUUCAAAAAAAGAUGAGCAGUAGCAGUCUCCAGCUCUGCCUCUCCUCCUUGAAAGCCUGCAAAACCAUCAGCUCCCUCAAACAGAUCCAUGCAUACGCAUUGAAAACCAGUCUCGACAGUGAUCCGUUCAUCGCAGGGCAGCUCCUCCUCCUCUCCACGGCAACUGUCGCCGAUGCCAUUGACUAUGCCCGCCGGAUCUUUGUCCACAUCCCCGGCCCUGAUGCCUUCAUGUACAACACCCUCAUACGCGGUCUCUCCGAUUCUGAAUCCCCACAACAGUCCUUCCUUACAUACACUCAAAUGCGCCGUUGUUCUGUUACACCCGAUAGCUUCUCUUUCGCUUUCAUCCUCAAGGCCGCCGCUAAUUUCAAGUCCUUGAACACCGGAAUCCAACUUCACUGCCAAGCUAUCAACCACGGCUUCAACACCCAUCUCUUUGUCCAGACGACGUUAGUGAGCAUGUAUGCUGAAUGUAGGCAGAUUGAUUCCGCACAGAAAGCAUUCGAAGAAACACCCCAACCGAAUGUAGUUGCUUGGAAUGCGAUUGUCACGGCCUGUUUCAGAUGCGAUGACGUGAUGUGUGCGGAGUCAUUGUUUAAUCGGAUGCCUUGGCGGAACCUGACAUCGUGGAAUCUAAUGCUUGCUGGGUACAUGAAAGCCGGAGAGAUGGAGAGUGCGAGGAGGACGUUCUGCGAGAUGCCCCAAACGGACCCCGUCUCAUGGAGUACCAUGAUCGUUGGAUUCGCCCACAAUGGUUGUUUUGAUGAUGCUUUUGGCUUUUUCCGAGAGAUGCAGAGACUGGGGACAAGACCCAAUGAGGUGAGCUUGACGGGAGUCCUUUCUGCAUGUGCGCAGGCCGGGGCAUUUGAUUUCGGUAAAAUCUUACAUGGAUAUAUAGAGAAAGCUGGAUUCUGUGGUAUCGUUUCGGUCAGUAAUGCACUCUUGGAUACGUAUGCCAAAUGUGGAAACAUCGGCAUGGCACGCCUCGUUUUCAAUUGGAUGAUGGAAAAGAAGACCAUCGUUUCUUGGACUUCAAUGAUUGCAGGGCUUGCGAUGUAUGGACACGGCGAGGAAGCUAUAGACCUUUUCCAAAAGAUGGAGGAGUCUGGAACAAGGCCAGAUGGGGUCACCUUCAUUUCGAUCCUAUAUGCUUGCAGCCAUGCGGGUUUGGUAGAACAAGGGUCCCUGCAUUUCCAUAAAAUGGAAGAGAUCUACGGAAUCAAGCCAUCGGUGGAGCAUUAUGGGUGUAUGGUUGAUAUCUAUGGGCGGGCUGGUCUGCUUGACAAGGCCUACGAGUUUGUAAAAAGAAUGCCCAUCGAGCCCAAUGCAGUCAUCUGGCGAACACUUCUAGGAGCAUGUAGCAUCCAUGGCAAUGUCAGGUUGGCAGAGCAUGUGAAGAAAAAGCUCUCCAGCCUUGAUCCCGACAAUUCCGGGGACCAUGUCCUGUUGUCCAACAUCUAUGCAGUUGCCGGUAAGUGGAAAGAUGUGGCUUCUGUGAGGAGGUUGAUGACUGAUCGGAAGAUAAAGAAGACUCCUGGCUGGAGCAUGAUUGAGGUUGACAAGGAAUUCUACAGAUUUGUGGUUGGGGAUGGAGGGAACAGCGCCACCAAGGAAGCUCUAGAGAAGCUUGGUGAGAUCAUAUUGAGACUUAAGGUUGAAGGCUACAUUCCAGAAAUUGGGAGUGUUUUGCAUGAUAUAGAGGAGGAAGAGAAAGGAGAUGCCGUGUCUAGGCACAGUGAGAAGCUGGCAGUUGCUUUUGGGAUGGCAAGAUUAUGUGAGGGAAGUGUUAUAAGGAUAGUGAAGAAUCUAAGAGUGUGUGUGGACUGCCAUCUGGUGAUGAAGCUGAUAUCGAAGGUCUACCGACGGGAGAUUGUCGUAAGGGAUAGGAGUCGAUUUCAUUCAUUCAAAGAUGGGUCUUGUUCUUGCCAAGAUUACUGGUAAUUGGUGUUGGUGGAAAAGAACAAUGCUCCAACUUCAAUGAAGUUGGUGAUGCCAUGGGAAUUCUCUUGCAUCAAAAGCACACAUGGGCAGUAAAAAAAAAAAAGAUCUAGGGAAUGGAAAAUGUGGGAAGAAUGCAACGACUCAAGGUCUCCAAAGUGGAGAGAAAUGGCUGACUACCUGAAAAUCACCAUGGUUCUAUAGUGCAUAUAUACACACACGUGCAAACGCUGCCAAUGUUUUUUUUUUUUUUUAAAUGCUGUUUUUCAGAUUCAAUAUGUUGUUAGAAAACCAAUUUUCCUCAAAUAGAUGACACACAAGUGUGCAAUGCUUAGAUCGGGGGUUCAAACCUCACUUAACUACUGUACGAGAAAAGGAGUUAAUUUCCUGUGUUUUUGUUAGAUAUAAGGACAUUCAAACAUUUGUAUAUUAUUUUAUAGAGACAGCUUCCCAGCCA